GCUGCGUUUGAUGUGGGUAUUAUAGCAGGCCUAGCGAGAGCCGCUUGGAAAUUUAGUAGACAAGGUGCUGAACGUUGUGAUAAUGCCUAUAUCACUUGCUGUCCUACCAUGGCAGCACCUUUCAACCCCACCGAGUCAAACUUCGUCUACGAUCUGAACAAGACUUUGAACACCACUAGGCCAGACGUUUGGAAGUUGACUGAACAGCAGAAUGGCGCCUCUUAAUGUGCUUAUGGUUGGAACCGGUGAAUAUACCACCGGUUUCGUAGGAGGCGGGGCUUCCGGUUCCGACAAAAAAGUCGGCGUGGUAGGAUUGACACUCUUUGACUUGCGGCGCCGCGGCAAAGUGGGCAAGCUGUCCAUGGUCGGCACGACAGGCAGCAAGUUCCCAGCAAUCCGUGAACACCUCCGCAAGAACAUCUCAGAGGUCUACAAUGGCCUGGACACGUCUUUCGAUGCUUACCCCAAAGGCGACGUGCGGGAUCCGGACGCGUACAAGACCGCUAUCGAUGCUCUUUCUCCUGGUGAUGCCAUUACGGUGUUCACGCCCGAUCCCACGCACUAUCCAAUUGCCAUGUACGCUAUACAGAGGGGCAUUCAUGUAAUGCUCACAAAACCGGCUGUGAUGACCCUGGCACAUCAUCAAGAGUUGAUCGAGGAAGCACGCAAACAUAAUGUGUUUGUUUAUGUCGAGCAUCACAAACGCUAUGACCCAGCAUACGCAGACGCGCGGCAUCGUGCGACAUCCGGCAAGCUCGGUGACUUCAACUACUUCUACAGCUAUAUGUCGCAGCCAAAAAGUCAACUAGAAACAUUCAAGGCGUGGGCAGGUAAAGAUUCAGAUAUUUCAUAUUACUUGAAUAGCCACCAUAUCGAUGUGUGCGAAAGUAUGGCACCGGAGUGGAGACCAGUCCGGGUCACUGGAAGCGCGAGCAAAGGGAUUGCUACAGACCUCGGUUGUGUACCACAAACUGAGGACACAAUCACCUUAUUGGUAGACUGGGUGAAGAAGGAUGGUUCGGGAAAGCGUGCGACUGGCGUGUACACCGCGAGCUGGACUGCACCGCAGAAAGCCGGAGUGCACAGCAACCAAUACUUCCACUGGAUGGGUAGCAAGGGCGAGAUUAGGAUUGAUCAAGCAAAGAGAGGAUAUAAUGUCACUGAAGACGAAAGUGGAUUAUCGUGGUACAAUCCGUUCUACAUGAAAUAUGCCCCGGAUGAGGCGGGUAACUUCGCAGGCCAAUCGGGCUAUGGUUAUAUAUCGUUCGAAAAGUUUGUAGAUGCUGUCACGGACCUGAAAGAAGGCAAGGUGACACUUGAUGAACUGGACGGGCGCCCUUUGCCCACGCUGAAGAAUACAAUUGCGACUGGCGCUAUCUUGGAAGCAGGUAGACGGUCGCUGGAUGAAAAGCGAAGUGUCGAGAUUGUGGAAGAAAAUGGAGUCUGGACCUUGAUUUAAUCUAGCCAUCCGCCUAUGCCGCUUUUGGCCUCAUUUUUAUCCACUAUGACUUGUGGUAAUUGACAAUUGGCUAGAUAUAAUCUACAUGAUCAUAUGGAUAUGGCGCCGCGUUUUCAAUCAAGAUCCGCGCCUGCACGCAAG